AUGCCACCCAAAGCAAAACGAUCCAAAUCCCCCGACGCUCAAUUUCUGUUCGUCAACGAAGAUGCCUCGACCGUGACCCGGACCACCAAAGACGCUGAACUGGAUAGGACAAAGCAGAGUCAUGUACAGCGUCAGAAUUUUGCCCGCAAACGGCGACUGCGACAACAGUCAGAUGCCGCACCGCAGCAAGCCAGCAGCCAGAGUUCUGUGUCCUCCAGCCCAGCGGUGGCUGGUCCGUCGUCUUCGACAACUCAGGAAGGCCUUUCCCAUGGUGCAAGCUAUUUCGACAUCAUACAGAAUAUCGACCUGGAAGACUCAUUGUUCCCAUCAACCAGCCCUCCGUCCAUUUCCCAAUCUUCCCUUGACCCUCAGCUCUCGGCACUGUUCUCUGACCCCUUUGCCUCCUCGCCUGUGUCGCCCCCUAUACCUCCCCCACAAGUCAAUAUUUUUGGCACCUCUCACACUUAUCGACCUGGCGCCUUUUUCGAGACAUCCGCCGCGACCUACAAUCUUUCCCAACCUCCACGGAACGCCGCCAGCAUUGUCAGCCCUUCAAUCCCGCUGAGCAGAGUUUCGAGCCCCCCAACCAACACCCACCGCGCUUUGGAGCAAUGGGCACCGCCUCUAAUCAAGCAUUACAACACGGUCAUACUACCAGAAAAGUUCUGGAAAGACACGCAAAAGGUACCGAUGGGUCAAUUUCGCCAUGCCCCUUUGAUCCACGCAGACAUGCAGGCUUGCAUGACGGAACCCGCACACAUGUACGCAUUUCUUGCCUCUGCGGCGGCUCAGAUGGUUGCUCGAGAAGGUAGAUUGCUGUUACCGAAUGUCUCCGAGGACGACACGCAUCGGGUGCCGAUGUUCUUCAAAACUAAAGCCUUACAGGCUCUACAGGUCAAAAUCGCCAAUGGACACCUCGACCAGCAUGCGGCUGUGGACCUUCACCGACUCUACGCUGCAGGAAUACAUUCUGACAACUACGAGGCUGCCGAACCACAUUUCCAAGCCCUGCUUUCCUUGGUUGACGCUCUUGGGGGCUUGAGUACCUUCGAUGACUAUCAGCUGGAGAAGAUAUUCAUGUUGGACUGUGUUGCAUCACUGAAGCGGCUUGGGGUCCCGCGCCUGAUUGUGACUCUGGACCCCGGCCCAUUACCGGACGGCUUGUUGUUAAGUAUCGAAUCUCAAAGUCGACUUCGUUUGCAACCAGGGUCACUGCUAGAGAUCUUGGUCGAUACCUUUGGCGAUUGUCAACUUUUGGCCGACAGCUUCGCUGACCUUGUUCAAGUGUUGAGAAUGUCGUCCUUUUUGGCUGCUUCCCCUCACUAUGUCCAGGAAUACUACAAAUGGUUUAAUUGGCGGAGUCUGAUCAUUUUACACAGACUUCUAUCCAUGCCUCUCCAUUAUAACAUGGACGACAGGACUGACAGCGUGAGGAUUGCCACGGCCUACUGUGCUGCCCUUCUGCGCUCCCCGACCCUUGGCCAACGAGCAGCAUCGACUUCGGCCAACAUACUCCGAGCGAAGCUGGAAAGUACCAAUCUCGGGCUUCUGUGGCAACCCCGCACCGACUGUCUGCUCUGGGUGGCUGUUCUCGGAGGCGUCUGUUGCCCUGGUGGAGGAGACCAAGAGUGGUUCGUGCACCUUGCGAGGACUGCGGCAACUGAACUAGGGGUUGAAAAUGUGAGGGAUUUGGAAGACUUGUUGGUGGCCUACAUCUACGAUCCUCAUUCCCAACGGGAAUUGGUGGUCCAAUUCGCUGGUCGAGUUUGGCCGAGACGAGAUUGA